CAUUUAGGUGGAAACUGGAAGCAGCCUCUCUACUUAGGUAGAGGUAAGGUCUGCCUACAUCUUAACCUCCCCCAUAUACCGUCAAGGUAUUGGGCUCAAAACCCAAGAAAAGCGGCACUGAACAGUUACUUUUACUUGUUAAUAUGUUGGAAAGAUGACUGAUACUCUAUUUGAAGUGAAAUAAUUAAUCAACAUAUAAAUUAGUCUAAAAGUCAUUUUAAAAUCACAAUAUUAUCUUUUUCUAAAUUUCUUUUCUAAUUUUAUCUUUUCAUAUUUUCAUGUAUGAAUAUCAUCUUGUAAUUAUAGGACAUUUGAACGAUAUGAACUUAUUAUGAAGUAUAUUGCACAUGCCAAGUCCAAUUGAAUAAAAACUCUAUUUGGCCCAUAGUAAGUAUUGCACUAGUCACUUCAGUCAACGAACACGGUGGUGAUGGAAGUGAUACGACGGCUGUCAAAACCACUCGCCGGCGAAUACUUGAGGCAAACCCUAAUCAAUACAUCUCAGAUUAAGCCCAUUCUAAAACCAAGAAUUUUCUCUUCUUCAUCAUCUUAUUCUACUCAAGUAGGCUGGUUUAAUGGGUUGGGAAAGAAAAAAAAGAUUAUCAGUUUACCAUCUAUUGUGCAAGCCGGUGACCCGGUUCUUCAUGAACCCGCCCGAGAAGUCAUGGUUGGAGAAAUCGGGUCGGAGCGUAUCCAGAAGAUAAUUGAUGAUAUGAUUCAAGUUAUGAGAAGACGACCCGGGGUUGGCCUUGCAGCUCCCCAAAUUGGUAUUCCUUUAAAAAUUAUUGUAGUGGAGGAUACUAAAGAAUACAUAGCACAAGAACAAGAAGAAGAGACCAAGGCACAUGACAGGCAUCCUUUUGAUCUUAUGGUUAUUUUGAACCCAAAACUUAGAAAAAAGAGCAACAAGUCAGCAUUGUUUUUUGAAGGCUGUUUAAGUGUUAAUGGAUACAGAGCAUUGGUUGAAAGGUUUCUUGAGGUAGAGGUUAGGGGGUUGGAUCGAGAUGGGAAGCCCAUGAAGGUGAAUGCUAGUGGGUGGCAGGCUCGUAUUUUACAACACGAAUGUGAUCAUCUAGAGGGAACUCUGUAUGUUGACAAGAUGGUGAAAUGAACAUUCAGGACCGUUGAGAACGUGGACUUGCCUCUUGCUAGUAGCUGUCCUAAGCAGGGUGUUUGCUAGCAUUAUGGUUUCAAGGUCUAUUGAGUAUGAGUACUAGGCUACCAGUUAUGGUCGCUUUGCCAAGAAUACUUUAGAAGAUUUAUCAUCUUUUAGUCGGGAAAUUAUAGUGUCAUAGUUUGGAUGUUGAAAAAUAAAGAGCUUCCAAAAUGGGAUCAUCAGAAUUCAUAGGUAUGAUCCCUUGAUGUCAGACAUUACGAGUGAGACAUUACGAGUGACAUACUGAAUGUUCAUGCAACCGAUUGAUAUAGAAUUUAAAAAAUAUAUAUAUAUCCAUAAACAGUUUUAUACCAAAAUCGAUCUUGGCUACAUGAACCACCUGAUUGUCUAAACCUUUUUGGUCUGAUGUUCUUAUUAUUCAACAAAUCUGUAGCAAUUUUUAAUCUUAAUUGUUUCUUGGUAAUCUUUUUUAUAUGUCAACUGCGGUGUGUUGGAAAGAUUCCAAGCAAUCAAAGGGAGUGAUCUUUACAUUAGUCGGGUUCACACACUUUUAUUCCAGAAAUAAUAUUUCACAAAACAAUUACUUACACGUUUGUAUAUAUUAAGAUCCAAAUCUAUAACAAGAGCAUUAGUAAUAAUCA